UCCCAAAUCGUCGUCUCGUCUAUCUGAGUUUCUCCGUCUCUUUCUACGGCGAGCUUUCGAUCGUUCGCGGCGUUUGAGGAUGGAGGUGGAGAAGUCUAAAUCAAGGCACGAAAGCAGGGAAGAGAGGGGUGAUAAUAAGGGGUCGCCUGCUAGAGAAAGCAGAGAUGGAAGGAGGAAGGAGAAGGAUCAUAGGAGCAAAGAUAAAGAAAAGGACUAUGACCGUGAAAAGAACAGGGAGAAGGAGCAUCGAAGAGAGAAGGAUAAAGAAAGGGACCGGAAGAGGGAUAAAGAAGGAGAUACUGAGAAGGAAAAGAGCAGAGAUUGGGAUAGAGAGAGGGAUAGGGACAGAGAUCGUGUGAAAGAUAAGGAGAGGGAAAAAGAAAGAGAUAAACAUAGAGACAGAGAAAAGGAUAAGUCGAAAGAGAAGUCUAAGGAAAAGGAGAAAGAAGCGUACAAAGACAAGGAUAGGUCAAGAGUUAAGGAUAGAUCGAGUAAGAAAAGCCACGAGGAUGAUGAUGAGACUGAAAAACCUGCUGAAAGAUAUGACCAUUAUGACAACAGAGGUUCGAAUGAAGGUGAGGAUAAUGCUGAUGCUGCACCAAGUGGGAAAGAGCAAUCUGCAAAGGAAGUUGAGGAUCGCAUUAAGCAGAUGAGAGAGGAAAGAAAGAAGAAAGCUGAAGAAGCUUCGGAUGCUCUAUCAUGGGUUGCAAGGAGCCGUAAGAUCGAGGAAAAAAGAAAUGCUGAGAAGCAAAGAGCUCAUCAGAUGUCGAGAAUUUUUGAGGAGCAGGACAAUCUGAUUCAAGGUGAAAAUGAAGACGGCGAGGAUGGUGAUCAUCUGUCUGGUGUUAAAGUUCUCCAUGGUUUGGAGAAGGUGGUGGAAGGUGGAGCAGUUAUCUUGACACUAAAAGACCAGAGUGUCCUUGCCGAUGGAGAUGUCAACAACGAGAUUGACAUGCUGGAAAAUGUGGAAAUUGGAGAACAGAAGCGUCGAAACGAAGCUUAUGAAGCAGCCAAGAAGAAAAAGGGGACGUAUGAUGAUAAGUUUAACGAUGAUCCCGGGGCAGAAAAGAAGAUGCUUCCGCAGUAUGAUGAGCCCGCUACAGAUGAGGGGGUAUUUUUGGAUGCAAAGGGUCGCUUUACUGGUGAAGCAGAGAAGAAGCUGGAAGAGCUGCGUAAAAGAAUCCAGGGGCAAACGACACAUACUUUUGAAGACCUUAACUCGUCAGCAAAGGUCUCAUCAGAUUACUUCUCACAUGAAGAAAUGCUACGUUUUAAAAAACCAAAGAAAAAGAAAUCAUUGCGGAAAAAGGAUAAAUUGGACAUAAGUGCGCUCGAAGCAGAAGCCAUUGCAUCAGGAUUGGCAGCUGAAGAUCUUGGUUCUCGCAAAGACGGCAAAAGGCAGGCCUUGAAAGAAGAGAAAGAAAGGUCUGAGCACGAAAAACGGAGCAACGCCUAUCAGACCGCCAUUGCUAAAGCUGAUGAAGCAUCUAGACUACUCAGAAUGGAACAUGUUGAGCCUACUAAAAGAGACGAAGAUGAGGGUAUAAUGUUGGCUGAUGAUGCUGAAGAUCUUUAUAAAUCGUUAGAGAGAGCUCGGAAGGUAGCUCUCACUAAGAAAGAGGAAGCUAAAACUGGUCCUGAAGCACUUGCACAACUUCUAGCUUCCCGAACUGAUGAAACGGCCGAUGAUAAUAGUGCCUCUGGGGCUGAAACGCAAGAAAAUACAGUGGUUUUCACAGAGAUGAAUGAUUUUGUCUGGGGUCUCGAGCGCGCUGAAGGUGCGGGAAAGGCUGAGAGCGAAGAUGUUUUCAUGGAUGAAGAUGAAGCACCCAGAGCUCCUGAAGAAGUGAAAGAAGAGCAACCUGAUGCUUGGGCGGAAGUUAAAGACACUGAGAUGGAUGAAGGAGAGCUUCCAUCAGACACCAAAGAGAUAACUCCUGAUGAAACCAUACACGAGGUUGCGGUUGGGAAAGGAUUAUCUGGUGUAUUGAAGCUUCUUAAAGACAGAGGAGCCCUAAAAGAGAAGGUCGAAUGGGGUGGUAGGAAUAUGGACAAAAAGAAGAGUAAGCUUGUGGGUAUUGUAGAUGAUGAAGGAGGUAAAGAGAGAUUCAAGGAUAUCCGGAUUAAGAGGACUGACGAGUUUGGUAGAACCUUGACUCCAAAAGAAGCCUUUCGACUACUCUCUCACAAGUUCCACGGGAAGGGACCUGGAAAGAUGAAGGAAGAGAAACGGAUGAAACAGUACCAGGAAGAGCUCAAGCUAAAGCAAAUGAAAAACUCAGACACACCAUCGCUUUCUGUUCAGAGAAUGAGAGAAGCGCAAGCGCAAUUGAAAACUCCUUACAUUGUCCUCAGUGGCAAUGUUAAACCAGGACAAACUAGUGAUCCGCAGAGUGGGUUUGCGACUGUUGAGAAGGAGCUUCCAGGAAGCUUAACACCAAUGCUUGGUGACAGAAAGGUUGAGCAUUUCUUGGGAAUAAAACGGCAAUCAGAGUCUGGAAACUCGAAUUCGCCAGCAAAGAGGCCAAAGCAUUGAAGUCUACUUUUAAACAAUCAAAAGCUCGUUUACUUGCUCCUAUGCUUUUUCACACAGAGUUGUCUCUGGUAAACUCUCGCUUUCUAAGGAUUAUGGACGUCUCUGAUCUUUUGUUACAAUCUUUAGAACAAGACAUAUAGCUCAUUCAUGCCGAGACUGAUGAAUGAACAAAUGUUACUAUAUCUUUGAUGAAGUUGCAAAAUCGGCAUCGGUUUAGUUCCUGUUAUUGUAAUAAAGUUUCUCUUUAGUACGAAAUAACUUGAAAGAUAUCCGAGUUGGUUAAGAGAAAUUGAGCCGAACUAAAAAGAUAUAAC